CGCAAUUUUGGGCAGCGAUUGCGAUGGUUGCGCAUGUCAAUUCAGUGCGAGUGGGUUACUUGUUCACGUAAAUCUCGGUGUGCGGUGUUUUUGCCACUCAUUUCAUGAUUCGAUCGAAUUUCCAUUUUCUUUCAUGUUUUCGGUUCUCCAAGUGUCAUCGUAUCAGCAUACUACGUUCUGAUUUUUAAGUAAACAGAAGGAUGCGGUUAACUGGCUAUUUGUCGAGUAGAUAACAAUAAUUUACAUUAGCAAUACGGGAUGCCGGCAUCUACUUUGGAUCCUGUUAAUGCGGCGCUUCGCACUGCGCUAUCAAAAAGUGCAUCUAACAAUUUAGACACUCAGCUGGCUGGUUCAUCAAAAAAGGCUCUCUUGUCAGAUAUACAAUUUGAAUCUGCAGGAAGCUAUCAAAAUUCAAUUUUAGACAAACUUAAAUCAAAGUACAUUGUGCUAAAAUCAAGUGAAACACAAGGAAACAACAGCUCACAAAAUAAAAGUAAACAAGAAAAUAGUAUGGGUGCAGAUGAGAGUUUAAUAGCUCAAUAUGAAUUAUUCCCAUUAAAAAAUGUUCAGCUCGGAUGGAAUAACACAAAUUGGUCAGUUGGUGCUGGCAUGGUAAACAUGGGCAACACUUGUUAUCUUAACUCUACGCUUCAAGCACUUUUUCAUGUACCUGCACUAGUAAAUUGGUUGAUUUCUGAUAGACAACAUGUGAACCAAUGUGAAGAUCUAGGAGGAGGGAUGUGCAUAAUUUGUGCGAUGAGAAAAACGUUGCAAGAUUCUCAACAGCAUAACGUAAAUUCGUUCCGUCCAUUUUUAAUUUAUAAUAAACUGAAGGUGGUGUGUAGAAAUCUUAUACCAGGUCGACAAGAAGACGCACAUGAGUUUCUAAGAUACCUCGUUGAAGCUAUGGAAAAGGCUUAUCUGAACCGGUUCAAAAAUCAUUCAGAAUUUGAUUCCCGAACGAAAGAAACAACUCCACUUAAUCAAAUAUUAGGUGGUUAUCUUCGAUCUACAGUUAGAUGUUUAGAAUGUGGACAUGUUAGUACAACAUUUCAGCAUUUCCAGGACCUGCUUCUCGAUAUUAGAAAAGCUCAGACCCUUGAGGAAGCUCUAGACGCAUAUUUUUCCCGCGAAACGCUGGACGACGAGUCUUAUCAAUGCGAAGCUUGCCAGAAAAAGGUUCCUGCCACAAAGCAGUUUUUCGUCGAACGGGCGCCAAUGGUACUUUGCAUCCAAUUAAAACGCUUCUCCGUCAGCAACAACAAGAUAACAAAACAUGUGCAGUUUCGUCAACGACUUGAACUUACAAAAUAUAUGAGACGAAAACCACAGAAUUCAUUAAUGUAUAGAUUGGUCGCAAUGGUAACGCACAUGGGCCCUACAGUCUCUUGUGGCCACUACACUGCAGUAGCACAGGCACCUUCUGGAAACUUUUACCAAUUUGAUGAUAGCAUGGUAAGACCGAUAUCACACCAAGCUGUUUUCAGUACAAAUGCCUACAUAAUGCUGUAUGAAUUGGAACCACAGUCAAACAAUUUUAAAAAAAGCAUUGUAUCGCCGACAAGUAGCGUCUCGUCUAACGCGGACUCAGAAUUGGCGCUUUGUAACAACGCCAAAUCGAUUCAAUUGAACGGCAACGCCAAUAGAGUAUAUGGUCCCGAACUACCCCCAAAAAAUCCAGAGAUUAAAUCCGCAAUACCGUUACCGCCACCUGAACAAAAACCACAACAGAACGGUAAAUGCCCGUCCGUGGUUAUUACAAACGGUAACGGUAAGGCGUUGUUACAUUCGGCCUCGUCAUCCGCGUCCUCCUCCUCAAGUGAUAGUGAACUCGAACAGCAUACAGACAAACAAAAACAAAUACAUCAACCACAACCACCCAAUAGUGGCGUCCUUACAUUAAAAAUGCCCACCAAUAACAAUAUGAACAAUACGGCUGCUAACUCUAACAAAUGUAGAACUGAUAAUUCAAUAAUAGCCGACAAAAAGGAAACAGAUAAUAGAAAACAAUUAACGCCGGAAAAGAAAACCCAAGUUAAUAAGGGCAACGAUUCAAAAGUGACUACUACAAAGCAGUUAGUUCCGUACGACAUGGACGAUUCUUCGAGUUGUUCUGAAGAGAACAACGCGUCGACUAUGAAUACGGUGACAACUGUUCAAAAGGUACAGGAACCUCCUCGGAUAACGACCAAGGCGGCUGGGGGUGAGUGGAAGGUGUCGUCAUCGACGCGGGACGACACGGGGCCCUCGUCCGAGGGCAAGAGUUGGGAUAGGCGACGGGCAAACGUAGUUAACGAUCUGCUGCGCAUGUCACAUGCGGGUUACUCCUCUCCAGUCGUCACUUGGAACGGGACGCGGUCCCAACUUGAUCGCGCGGUCAACGAAGAGAAACAACGGGAAGAGAGAAAAAGACCAAUGCUUGACGAUGACGUUGAUCAGGGUCGUGUCAAGUGUGUGAAAUUGAAUAAUAAUAAUAAUAAUAAUGGUAACCACAAAGCGAAUAAUCUCGGAUACAAUCCCUUACAAGUUUACCACAAUUUGAAAAAUUGGGGUCAGCAGAAUAAUAACAACAACAACAACAACCACUACAACAGGCAUUUCUACAACGGUAACAACAGGCAUCGGAACGGGAAUCACCGGAACUUCCAUAGAAAUAAGAACUUUCAUAAAAAUAACUACCGUUACAGGCAGUAAGUUAAAGUUUAGUUUUCGCGCGCUUUUUUUCGCGUGACCGUGUGUACGUGUGUGUAUGUAAAUGUGCUCAAGCGGCUACAUUUAGAUUUAUUUUGUAUGAUAAUAAAUAUAGAAAAAACUGUGUUCUUGUAAAUAAUUGUAAUUGCAGUUUUAUAUUUCUGUAAUGUAUGGUUUUUGAAAAUGGCAUUAUGAUCAUUAUAAUUACGAUGAGAUGAUUACGGUGGUGUUAGUACAAUAUGAAGAAGUGGCUUUUUUCGAGUAUUUCUUUUUAGUGAUAUGUAAUAAAUUAAUUACACAUAGUUUUUAAACAUUACGUAAGAUGAGUGUUAGUUUUAACUUAUUAUUGAUUACAUUACCGAAAAUAUGUACAUUAUUGACCCCUCACCUUCAUUACAAUUACUUUUUUUAUAUA